AUACAUCAGAGAAGAAUUCGUUGGUUGUCCUUGUUGUCACUGCUGGAUGUGACCAGUUUCCUUCUCUGGAGUCGGUGGAGAAUUAUACCCUUACCAUCAAUGAUGAGCAGUGUCUCCUCCUCUCCGAGACUGUCUGGGGCGCCCUCCGAGGUCUGGAGACUUUUAGCCAGCUUGUUUGGAGAUCUCCAGAGGGCACGUUCUUCAUCAACAAGACGGAGAUUGAGGACUUCCCCCGCUUCCCUCACCGGGGCUUGUUGUUGGAUACAUCUCGCCAUUACCUGCCUGUGGCUAGCAUCCUGGACACUCUGAAUGUCAUGGCGUACAGUAAAUUCAACGUGUUCCACUGGCAUCUGGUCGAUGACUCUUCCUUCCCGUAUGAGAGCUUCACUUUUCCAGAACUUGCCAAAAAGGGGUCCUACAACCCUGCCACCCACGUCUACACAGCACAGGAUGUGAAGGAGGUGAUUGAGUACGCGCGGCUUCGGGGUAUCCGUGUGUUGGUGGAGUUUGACACUCCUGGCCACACUCUGUCCUGGGGACCAGGUGUCCCUGGAUUGUUAACCCCUUGCUACUCUGGGUCCCACCCCUCUGGCACCUUUGGACCAGUGAACCCCACUCUCAACAGCACCUAUGAGUUCAUGAGCGCAUUCUUCCUGGAGAUCAGCGCCGUCUUCCCAGAUUUUUACCUUCACCUUGGAGGGGAUGAGGUUGAUUUCACCUGCUGGAAGUCCAACCCAGAUAUCCAGGCCUUUAUGAAGAAGAAAGGCUUUGGUGAGGACUUCAAGAAGCUGGAGUCCUUCUACAUUGAGACGCUGCUGGACAUCGUCUCUGCCUACAACAAGGGCUACGUGGUGUGGCAGGAGGUGUUUGAUAAUAAAGUAAAGAUUCGGCCAGACACCAUCAUCCAGGUGUGGCGGGAACAGGCGUCGGUGAGCUACAUGAGGGAGAUGGAGCUGGUCACGGGUGCCGGCCUCCGGGCCUUGCUCUCUGCCCCUUGGUACCUGAACCACAUAUCUUACGGCCCUGACUGGAAGGAGGCCUACACGGUGGAGCCCCUGGCGUUUGAAGGUGGCCCUGAGCAGAAGGCUCUGGUGAUUGGAGGAGAGGCCUGUAUGUGGGGGGAGUAUGUGGACAGCACGAACCUGGUCCCCAGGCUCUGGCCCAGAGCAGGGGCUGUUGCCGAGAGGCUGUGGAGCAACGAGAUUGUGAGCAACCUGGAAUCUGCCUUUAAGCGUUUGACACACUUCCGCUGUGAGCUGCUGAGGAGGGGUGUCCAGGCCCAGCCCCUCGGCAUAGGCUACUGUGACACGGAGUUUGAACAGAACUAAAGAAGCAGCCCCAGGCUCCAAGGAGGGUGCUGGCCCUAGGCGAGCAGCAGCGGGGCCAGGCUUCCACUGCAGCCCGCCCGGGGUUGGAGCCCCUUGCCCGCGUGCCCCUGGGCCUGGAGAGGAGGGCACUGGUGCUGGCACUGGUGUCCGAUAAAGAGUGACAUGGCAUUUUUCUAUAAUAAACAUGGAUUACCUGUGUAAGAAAAAUGUGAGUGGCCCUGGGCUAGGCCUUCUGCUCCCAAGGUGACAGGGCCUGGUACCUGCUGCUGGGCCAGGAAGGAAAGCCUCGGUGCUGUCCUGCUCGGCCUGCGCUGUGGUGCCCCUCCCGCCCCGCACCUGGUCUGGACACGUGCCCCGGUCCUUGACUGGUCACGUCCCUCCAAGUGGGGAGACCACUUCGACCUCCAAGGCUUCUGUAUAUGGAAGAAGACAUUAUAGGGGACCACAGACGUUCUGGGCAGUGGCAGGGGCUCCAGCCCCAACCUGGUUUCCCCCCUGCAGGCUCACAAACUUCCCUCCUGUGGAGGGAGCUUUCCUUCUGCUCUGGGUUUCUUGUUACUUCAAUUUCAUGCAACCAUUAUUAAAUAUUGACCACAUACUAAGGUCUUGGCACUGUGGUAGGUGUUGAAUUUGAAGGACUUAGUCUCCAGAGGCCCUGGUCAUUUCCCAACAUACUAGCAACUUCCACUCCUCCCCCAACCCAGUUCAGUCCAAAAGCAUCUUCUCAGAUUUGAUGGCACAGCUGAGACCAUGAGAGGAAAGCCCCUGGGGGACCAAGAGCUGGGCCUGUGGCUCUGGAGGAGGAUCUUGGCCCAAGUGACCAGUUUUCCCCAGCAGGAAAUGGCCCACUGUGGGCCCAGACUGCCCCCUAGUGGUUUCAUGUUCAUAAGCGAUAGUGCAGCCCAGAGGCUGGGGCGGCUGGGGAAACAGCUGCUUUAGAUAGGAUUUCUUUGACCAUUAUUUAAGUUCUUUCACCUGGUCCAGGACUGGAAGGACAAUGGAAAGGUCCUCGCAUUUCUUUCAGAAAGUUUCCAGUCUAGUGAAUUCAGAAACUUGGGGAAGGCAGGCCUGAGAAGGGAUCUCAGUAAAAUCUAGUCCUUAAACAGCAUCCUUCAGCCCCUCGAUCAUGCUCCCUUGGCAACCUGGUUGGAGGUGCACCAUCCCUGCCUUCUCGUGCUUACUACAGGGACAGGGUGGGUGCCUUCUACCUGCAGUGUCCUCACGAGGACAGGGUAUUCAUGCAGCCUGGAUUAGCCAAGCCCAGGGCUCUGGCCUGGAGCCACCAGGCUCUACGGCCCACACCCACCAGAGGAGCACCCUUACCUCUAUUUCCCAGAGAAGCCUUCGAGGUGGUCCCAGGCAAGGACCCUGCAGAAGUGCUGCCAUGCUUCAGUGUCCCGCUUCCUUCAUCAUUAACUGUAACAUCGCUACUGUUUGGGAUAAUGUUAAAUAAAAAGGAUCAGACACUAAGUUGUAAGUCUCAAGACAGUGAAGGAGACCAUGAAAACACUUGUGUUAAAGCAGUAACAUUCUGUGACUUCUUACUCCUCUUAGAAACAUUUUCUUUAGUGUUACUAUCUUUAUAAUUUAAAAAAGUCACUGUGGUCUGAUCAAGACCUUCAGUGGUGGGAUGUGCUGUUUCCCAACCUCUGCCAUCAUGAGAGAUGAGAGCACUUACCUGAAGGUCAUCAUCAGACCUUGAGCUCCUAAUGGGUCAGAGGCAGUGCCCAGAGCGACUUCCCAGCCUCUUCCAAUGCACAGAAUCACUGCUUCUCCACCUCUCCCUUCACCCAGUCUGUGAAUUCAGUGCCCCACCCUGCGCAGGACCAGGCUGCUCUGUGUUCUCAGUACACCACCAGGGGGCGGGGAAGUGUCUGGACGGAUCUUAGGGCACAAGGGUCCGCCCCUGCUCUCCUAUGACUCUCCUAAGGAUGCAAAGCGCCUCUAAUGGGGAUGUACGUAAAGGAGUAAAUGGAGGCCAUUCAGCAUCCCCUGUCCUUGGUGGGCCUUGAGGCAGUGUGCUGGGUCCCCCUCCCUUCUUGGAAAUCUGGUGUUUUCAGGUGCACCUCAGUGGAUUAGCAUAGGGAUAGGACAGCAGAGGACUUGGGGCCCAGGAGCUCCGUAGCACUGGAGACGGGGGGGGGGGGGCAGCAGGGGGUGGGGAAGACUGAAUGACACUGGGGAAAGGUGAAAACAGGGUUAUGUGAGACAGACUGAAUUUAAUUUAUGUUAAUGUAGACAUGCACGCCUGCUGGCAAUGUUCCUAGCAUGCUAAAGCUGAUACUUCUGUAGUUUUUCUUGGUAUCACUUGUAAGAUCAGGCAGAACAGGCUGUGACAGUUGGGUGUCGGGUACUACUUUUUCCCACUAAGAAAGAAAAUGAGUAGGAAUUGUGUGCUUUGUCUUAAAAUCAUUCUGUAUUUUUUCUUUUAUAAAUAAACUGAAAAUUUGAAA